AUGGCGGAACGUAAGAGACUCGUCGUUGUCGGCCUGGGCAUGGUCGGCAUCGCCUUCAUUGAGAAGAUGUUGAAGCUGGACGCCCGCGCAAAUGAGUACUGCAUAACAGUCCUUGGAGAGGAGCCUCACCUGGCGUAUAACCGUGUCGGGUUGACGAGCUUCUUCGACCACCGCAAAGUAGAGAACCUCUACCUUAACCCGGAGGAAUGGUACCACAGCACACCACAAGGCUCUUUGGGUUACCACGUCAACACCAAAGUCACAGACAUCGAUUCCCAGGCAAAGACAGUAGCCUGCUCCAAUGGCGAGAUCGUGCCAUAUGACAUCCUGGUCAUUGCCACUGGCUCGGAUGCUGUUCUUCCCAAGCACACCCCGGGCCACGACGCAACGGGCGUCUUCGUGUACCGCACAAUCGAUGAUCUUAUCAACCUCAUCGCUUUCGCCGCGCAGCGGAAAGGCACCGUGGGAGCCGUUGUCGGUGGCGGCCUCCUUGGUCUCGAGGCAGCCAAGGCCAUGAUGGACCUGGACUGCUUCGAGAAGGUCAAGCUGAUUGAGAGAAACCGCUGGGUGUUGAGUCGACAGCUAGACAACGACGCCGGCUCCAUGGUUGUGGACCAGGUUAGAGACCUCGGUCUUGACGUGCUGCUCAGCAAGCGGGUAGGUCAAAUCGAGGUGACGGAAGACAACUGCGUCCGGGGAGUCGUUUUCGAGGACGGCGAGCGCAUGGACUGCUCAACCAUUUGCUUCGCCAUUGGCGGCCGGCAUCAAGUGUGCCGACCGCGGGGUGGUAUUGUCGUUGGAGACGAUCUGAGCACCAGUAUCCCUGAUAUUUACGCCAUUGGCGAGUGCGCCAGCUGGCGGAACCAGACCUUCGGCCUCAUCGCCCCCGGCGUCGAGAUGGCCGACGUUCUCUCCUUUAACCUCACACAAGCCAAGCUGCACCAACCACGGGCGUUCAAGAGACCAGACCUCAGCACCAAGCUGAAGCUCCUGGGCGUCGACGUUGCCAGCUUCGGCGACUUCUUCGCCGACCGCGACGGCCCGCUAUACCUGCCCCCCAAGGCGGCUCGCAAAGCGAAGAAGAGCGACGAGCAGAGCACGCUCGAGACAUUAACAAACGGUCUGCCGCCAGCCCCCGUCAAGGCGCUCACGUACCGUGAUCCGUUCCAGAACGUGUACAAGAAGUACAUCUUCACCGAGGACGGCAAGUACCUGCUGGGCGGCAUGAUGAUCGGCGACACAAAAGACUACAUCAAGUUGGUGCCGAUUGUCAAGAACAUGAAGGAGCUGGACAUGCCUCCCAGCCAACUCAUCCUCGGUGCCAAGAAGGAUGGCGAAGACGACGGCGACGACUUAACAGACGACAUCCAGAUCUGCUCGUGCCACAACGUGACAAAGGGCGACGUUGUCAACUCGGUCAAGGAAGGCACUUGCAAGACGCUCGGCGAGGUCAAGUCGUGCACCAAGGCCGGCACCGGCUGCGGUGGCUGCAUGCCGCUGGUGACGACCAUUUUCAACAAGACCAUGUUGUCCAUGGGCAACGAGGUCAAGAACUACCUCUGCGCCCACUUCAACUACUCGCGUGCCGACCUGUACAACAUCAUCCUCGUCAAGAAGCUGCAGACCCUCGAGGACGUCAUGCGCGAGGCCGGAAACGACCCGAGUUCUCUUGGAUGCGAGGCCUGCAAGCCCACCAUCGGCAGCAUCUUUGCUUCCCUGUGGAACCGCCACGUCAUGGACAAGUCCAUGCACGGCCUACAGGAGACCAACGACCGCUUCCUCGGUAACAUCCAGCGCAACGGAACGUACAGCGUCGUUCCUCGAGUGUCUGCCGGCGAGAUUACACCCGACAAGCUCAUCGCCAUCGGAAACGUGGCGUCCAAGUACAAACUCUACACCAAGAUCACUGGUGGGCAGCGCAUCGACAUGUUCGGCGCUAAGAAGCAGGACCUGUUGGACAUUUGGCGGAUGCUGGUCGAGGCCGGCAUGGAGUCGGGACACGCGUACGCCAAGUCGCUGAGAACGGUCAAGAGCUGCGUCGGCACAACGUGGUGCCGUUAUGGUGUUGGCGACAGUGUUGGCAUGGCGGUGCGGCUGGAGGAGCGGUACAAGAGCAUUCGUGCGCCGCACAAGAUCAAGGGCGGUGUCAGUGGCUGCGUCCGCGAGUGCGCCGAAGCCCAGAACAAGGACUUCGGCCUCAUCGCCACCGACAAGGGCUUCAACAUCUUCGUAGCCGGCAACGGCGGUGCCAAGCCCAAGCACUCUGAGCUGCUCGCCAAAGACGUGCCCCCGACGGAGGUCAUCCCCAUCAUCGACCGGUACCUCAUGUUCUACAUCCGCACCGCCGACAAGCUGCAGCGCACGGCACGCUGGCUCGAGAACCUGCCGGGCGGCAUCAAGUACCUCCAGGAGGUCGUCCUCGAGGACAAGCUGGGCAUCUGCGCCUCGCUGGAGGCGCAGAUGCAGGAGCUCGUCGAUAGCUUCUUUGACGAGUGGGCCGAGGCCAUCAAGAACCCCGCCAUCGCCGCCAAGUUCAAGCAGUUCAACAACACGGACGAGACGGUCGAGAACAUGGAGGUCGAGCUCGACCGCGACCAGCCCCGGCCCGUGUACUGGGCGCCCGACUCGGCCAAGGACGACUUCAAGGGCCUCAAGGACCGGUGGAGCAGCACGGCGUGGCAGCCCAUGCUGCAGGCCAGCCACUUCUCCGGCGCUGACGAGACCCCCAACGGCAUCUCGGCGACGGUCAAGCGCGGCGACACGCAGCUGGCUGUGUGGCGCAUCCGCGGCAAGUACUACGCCACCCAGCAGAUGUGCCCGCACAAGCGGCAGUUCGUGCUGUCCGACGGCCUCAUCGGCGAGGAGCUCGGCGCGGACGCGUGCGACGACGCCAAGAAGCCCGACUCGGGCUGCAGCACCAACGGCGACGCCAAGCGGGCCGCCCCCUGGGUGUCGUGCCCGUACCACAAGCGCAACUUUGACCUCGCCAACGGCAGCUGCAAGAACGACGAGGAAGUCAGCAUCGCCACGUUCCCCGUCGAGGAGCGCGCCGACGGCAUGGUCUACCUGAAGCUGCCCCCCGUCGAGGAGCUCGACGCGGCGCUCAGCACGGCCAAGUGGAUGGUCAAGAAGGGCGAGUCCGGCGGCUCGCCGUUUGAGCAGCUCGACAAGAAGAUCAACUUCAAGGGCCACCGCGCCAAGAAGCCCGGCGUCAAGCCCAUGGCGCCGCUCAAGAUGGACAAGCCGGCGCAGCUGCUGGUCGGCGGGGGCGGCGGGUGCGGCAGUGCGCCGGACUGGUAA